AACUCCACAUACAUUAUUUAUUUAUACAAAGAGUCCAAAAACAAAGCAAAAGCAAAGCUUUUUCAUUCAAUCUUCCUAUCUUGUUUCUCUUUUCCCCCCCCAUCUUUUUAUCAAUCAUUCUUCACAAAAAGGAAAAUAUGGCAAAGAGUUCAUUCAGGCAAGAACAUGAUCUUGAGAAGAGGCGUGCUGAAGCUUCUAGGAUUAGGGAAAAAUACCCAGAUAGGAUUCCGGUCAUAGUUGAAAAGGCUGAAAAGAGUGAUAUUCCCAACAUUGACAAGAAAAAGUAUCUUGUCCCAGCCGACUUAACAGUAGGGCAGUUUGUCUAUGUCAUUCGCAAAAGGAUUAAAUUGAGUGCAGAAAAGGCAAUUUUCAUAUUUGUUGAUAAUGUCCUACCACCAACAGGUGCGAUCAUGUCUUCAAUCUAUGAUGAAAAGAAGGAUGAAGAUGGUUUCCUCUAUGUUACCUACAGUGGUGAAAACACAUUUGGCUACCUCAACUUAGGGUAGCUUUCAUGGCAGCGACUUCCAGUCAUUUUCUCAAAGUUCUCUUCAUCGUCCAUCGACACUGCUGUGUCCUGCUAAUAUUCAGUUGUUGCCUCUAUCUUGUACAGGUUUUAAUAAUAUUACAAAUUUGUAUAUAACCUAUAACUGCGUAUAGUUCACGAAAACCAAAUGCCAGAAUCUUUUGGCAACUGAUCUUAAUAACCAGUUGGAUUCAAUCUCAUUAACAAUGGUAUAUUGGUAUUACUGUUCUGGAUCAAUAUCUGUGAUUUCACUC